CUCCGCGCGCGGUUCGGUAGCGAGCUGGAGGGAGGGAAAGGCAAGCGCGGCACCUGCAGGUAUUCGCCGCGGAGUACUCCUAGAGGAAAUGGGAAAGUGCCUCAGCAACAGGUGCCUGCGGAGACUAAGCGGAGGAAGUGAGCGCUUGCUUGAGCUCGGCCGCUCCUCUCCCGGGGGGAAAGGCUCUAGGCUCCCUUCCUCGGCUGCAGAAAAACAGAGAAGGAAACGCCGCGUGCAAUUAAGAGUUAGGGAAGUGCGGACUGAGGUUUACCUAGAGGCUCCGGACAGUGGGAGGAGACGCCAUGGCCUGGAUCUGGCAGUGGCAACUCCAAGCGCUCUUCAUCGGCCUUACCGCGACAGGUUGCUUCUCUGUUCUGGUGACUGUGCCAGAUACUGAGCGAUACACAACUUUAUUUGCUUCUGUGACCCUCCGAUGUGACUAUAGCACUUCAGCACCACUGCAGGAUGUAGUUGUUACCUGGCGCUAUAAAUCUUUUUGCAAGGACCCCAUUCUUGAUUACUAUACUAUUGCCUAUCAGGCAAACCUAGAUCUUGGCCAGGAUCCUUCCAAUGACUGCAAUGACAACCAACGGGAAGUACGCAUUGUUGCUCAGAAAAGAGGUCAGAAUGAACCAGUGCUGGGUGUCGAUUACAGGCAGCGAAAGAUCACAAUUCAGAAUAGAGCAGAUCUUGUGAUUAAUGAGGUGAUGUGGUGGGACCAUGGAGUCUAUUAUUGUACUGUUGAAGCUCCAGGUGACACAACUGGUGAUCCAGACAAAGAGGUCAAGCUCAUUGUUUUGAACUGGCUGACGGUAAUCUUCAUCAUUCUUGGCGGCCUCCUCCUCUUCAUGUUAAUUGGAAUAUGCUGGUGCCAGUGCUGUCCUCAACAUUGUUGCUGCCAUGUGCGCUGUGCCUGCUGCCCAACUCGUUGCUGCUGCAAUGAAAAAGUCCUGGAACGACACCGCUUCAUGAAACAGGCUCAACAACUUCUUCCAUGGAUGACACACCACUCCCAGUCAUCUUCAUACCAACUAAACCCACUAUUACAGAGAGAUGUAUCUCUCCAAAGCAGCCAGCCAUUGAUGCCACCACUUGCCCAAGUGCCCUCUAACAACAAGAUCUUGGACCAUCUUGAGUCUGAGAUCAGGAACCUUAAUAUUUCUCAGCCUGUACUACCUUCACAUCAUGUUGGAAGCAGUCAGCAUCCUAGCAUCCUUUCUUCUCUGGGUUCAGAGAUUGUGGAACGGAGAGUAAUCCAGUUGCCUCCUAUCAUUGAGCGUAUCCCAUCCUCUCAGAGAACUAGCAGUUCAUCACAGCUGGGGAGGUCUACACGUACUUCAAGACCUCGGAACAGCAGAAAUGAAGACGAGAGAGAGGAGAGGAGAUGGAGAUGUCGUUCAUCUUUGGAUGAUGAUUCCCCUUCCAGCUAUGAUCAGGAGCUAUGGGAUAGGUAUAGAGAUCACAGAAUUGAAUCACAGAGGGAUGGCAGCCAUCAUGAUAGGUACCGGAGCUCUACAACAGAUGUAGUACCCAUCUCACAUGGCAGAAAUAGUCUUGAUUCCUAUCUUGAGUCCAGAAGAGGGUAUUCUGGACAGUGCCACUCUGAGAGAAAGAACCUCCAUUCACAACGGCGAACAUAUCAACAGAACAAUAACUUUGGUCGCCAGGACCAUCGACGACAUCGCAGCUAUUCUCCACCAUCCUCCUGGGAGUCAUGGAGCUCAUCUGGAGAACAAGAGUGCUCCCGGAGAAACAACAGGCCACAUCGUAAGCACCAUUCCCCGGACUGGCCAGAUGAGAAACCACCUAGUUAUUGCUCUGUUGAAGUUAUCCCAGCCAAGAACAAGAAACCCAAAAAGUCAACAGAGCAACAGUCGGAAAAAGGCAGUUCUCGCAGUGGGAUGAGUGUUGUCAUUUAGCCACUCUGCCACUGCAUAUGAGAUUUCUGUGUCUGCCUGAACAGAUUUGCAUUCUGGCUUUCAAUAUUACUCACUAAGCAAAGCAGAUCAUCAACAGCAGCCUGCAGUUUGUUGUGUUAAAAGUUUCUAACCGUUUUUGCACUUUGAAAAACGCAGUAAGAUUUUUUAUUUUACAAACUAAAUACUGGAACGUUGUGUAGAUGAUUUCCUAAUCUGGAUCUUGAGGUAUUAAUAAGAGUACAAAUCUGCAGCAGUUCAUUAAUUGGUGGGGUAGUUUCUGUUACUCCAAAAGAUAAAACUUUUAACCUUGGAUAAUGAAUUACAGAAUUCAAUCUUGCUUAUUAUACAUAUUGAGUCAAAAGAUUUCUAGAAAAUUUUGAGUCAGAAAACCUUCAGAUACUAGUGUAUUUAUCUAGUAUCCAUAGUCUGCACAAGUCUUUGAGCUACAUUAUUUGAUGUCAAAAAGCAUUAAAUCUAGCCUAUUUCAUGAGGUUUGAACAUUCAACGAAAUUAAAAAGUUGAUAAGUGAAAAAAAUAUUUUUACUGUAAUGUUGGAAACAAUGUUGGGCAAUAGGCAAUAAAAAUAACAAUUGUAGGGUACUUCUAGUACAUCAAGGAAAGCAGCUUGAAGGACAGUGUUGGACUCUCUUCUAAUGAGCAUCAAGCAUGUCCACUCACACUCAGACUGAAUCAUUUUCAGUCUGAGGCAGAUACUCAGAACUGCUCGAACUACUUGGAAAUAAGGUAUAAAGUGGGAUAUUGCUGGGUAUAAUUGUUGGAUUGAUACUUCAACUUUUUUAUUAAUGAUUUACAUGAGAAGAUGAGAAUGCUUAUCAGAUUUGCAAAUGAUACAAAACUAGGUGGGGAUUGCUAAUAUGCUAAAAGUGAAAACUCAAAAUUAUUUUUAUAGUAAUGUAAAGCUAGAGAACAAUGAAACUGAAUGAUGGUAAAUGCAAAGUUAUUAUGAAACAAAUCAAAUGCAUGAGUAUAAGAUAGGUGAUACUGAGGUUGAUAGAAAUACUUGUGCAAAAGAUCUUGGAGUAGUAGUUGAUUAAAAUCUAAUUAUGAGUCAGCAGUGUGAUUCAGUUGCAAAACUGAUUUUAAGCUUCAUUAAGGGAAGUAUAGUUUCCAAAUCACGAGAUUUACUUAUUUUGUUACAUUGCAUUGAUCAGACUCCAUCUUGAUUGCUCUGUUCAGUUUGGGCACUGUGUUUUACAAAAGAUUCAGAGAAGCUGAAAUAGGACCAGAGAAAGUCAAUGAGGGUGAUGAGGGGUCUAGAAACUAAGUCUUACAAAGAGGGGCCAAAGAACUUGGGUCCUAGGCUGUUGUACCUGGACAGAGUACAUGAAUGUGAUUAACACUCUGCUCUCAAGAUCUUUGCAUCCACCAUGCCUCCUUUGAUAUCCCUACCUUCUCUAGAUUGAGCAGGAAAGUCAGCAAGACAGUAGGAAGUAGUUUAUGAAGUCAGGGGUCUUGAUAAAGCAGGAUUCCUGAUUAUGUGGAGGUCUCUAAUCACAAUAAAAUUUACAAUGGGAAAGGGGAGUCAAGAAUGGGGGGGGGGGUUAGAGAACAUAUAGGGCCUCAUCCCUCUUGUAUUAAUUUAUCUUAAUUAUAGAUGUAACAUCUAUCUGGGGUUAUAAACAGAUGUACAGUAUUGUAACAUUCUGCACUGUGGAAAUUGGCUUUUAUCAUUUGUCAAUUUAAACACAGCCAUGUUUGAAAGGAGGAUUAAAUAAACCAUCUGAAAUA